AUGCUGAUCAAAGAACUAGCACAAAAGCGUCGCCUUGUCCUCGACGGCGCCAUGGGCACACAGCUUGAAGAGAUCAUUCCACCUUCGUCCCCCAUGUACGUGAAGGGGUCCCCCUUGUGGUCCACUGAGGUGCUUUUGGGAGAUCCCCUGAUCAUUGAGCAGGUACACAGAAACUACCUUGAGAAGGGCGCCGAUAUCAUCAUCACGUCGACGUAUCAGGCAUCUCAGGCGACGUUGGCCAAGCACAGGGGCAUGGGUUUGGAGGAAACCCGCAAUGUGUGGAAGAUCUCUGUGGACACAGCAAAGAGAGCAGUGGACGGUGUUCUGGAUGGAGGAAAACGCUACAUUGCGGGCUCUAUAGGGCCCUUUGGAGCUUACUUGGCCAAUGGAGCCGAGUACAGUGGAGAAUAUGGCGACGUUGGUUUGGGCAAAUUGGAGGAGUACCAUACGGAGCAGGUACGCUUUUUUCUUGCCAACAGAGACACAGACUUGAUUGCAUUCGAAACAAUCCCUUCGUUCGACGAGGUGAAGGCCAUUGUGGAGCUUGUGAAGCUGUUCAACAUUUCUAAAGAGUUCUACAUCUGCUUCUCUUGCAAGACCAGCACCACCCUCGCAGAUGGAACAGACUUGAGGGAGGUGAUACAGUACAUUCUACAGCAGAGAUCCAUUUCUUCAGCAUUUGAUCAGUACCUCAUUGGCGUGGGAUGCAACUGUGUUGAUUUUGAGCUCGUCACAGAUUUUGCCAAUUACGUCAACGAAAUAUCCUCUUCUCAAUUGUCCUUGGUUGUUUACCCAAACCUUGGUUUUAGCAACGACAUGGCUGACGUGAGUCAGUAUGGCUUCAAAUCAAACACAGAAAAAUGGAAGGACGCAUUGGAGCAGUGGUGCAAAAUCCCAACUAUUAGGCUCAUAGGAAGCUGCUGCAGUACAGGCCCAAAUGAAAUAGCAGUAGCAAGGCAAGUGGUGGACGAAACUACAAGAAAACAGGAUAAGUAA